UAUAAAUCUACCUGGAAGCUAAUUAUUUUUUAGUAGCAAAUUGUUUCUCCACGCUUAAUUGUAGUAGCUAUAAAACACGGGUGUACAUUAUUUUAAUUUCAUUUUUAACAUCAUUAAAUAUUUUACAUUUAACAUGCUUACAAUCUUUGUAUUCAUUCUAUGUGUGGCGCCUUGUACUUUUGCACGACCGAAUUAUCAAGAAACACUUGGAACAUCAAAUGAUGAUCGGAAUGUGAUUCAGGUGCCAGACAACUGUCAGGACGGUCAAGUUCUUGUAAAUGGCGUCUGUCGCGAUAUCUGGAGGCGGUUUGAUACUCAUUUAGCUGAGCCUCGAGGAGGGACAAUCCAAGUUCCCGAUAACUGCCCGCCUCCACAAGUUCUAAUUAAUGGAGCCUGCCGUUAUGUAUGGCGAUCAGGAAUCGAGUCUCAUUUAGCUGAGCCUCGAGGAGGGACAAUCCAAGUUCCCGAUAACUGCCCGCCUCCACAAGUUCUAAUUAAUGGAGCCUGCCGUUAUGUAUGGCGAUCAGGAAUCGAUUUUCAUUUAGCUGAGCCUCGAGGCACAAUCCAAGUUCCCGAUAACUGCCCGCCUCCACAAGUUCUAAUUAAUGGAGCCUGCCGUUAUGUAUGGCGAUCAGGAAUCGAGUCUCAUUUAGCUGAGCCUCGAGGAGGGACAAUCCAAGUUCCCGAUAACUGCCCGCCUCCACAAGUUCUAAUUAAUGGAGCCUGCCGUUAUGUAUGGCGAUCAGGAAUCGAUUUUCAUUUAGCUGAGCCUCGAGGCACAAUCCAAGUUCCCGAUAACUGCCCGCCUCCACAAGUUCUAAUUAAUGGAGCCUGCCGUUAUGUAUGGCGAUCAGGAAUCGAGUCUCAUUUAGCUGAGCCUCGAGGAGGGACAAUCCAAGUUCCCGAUAACUGCCCGCCUCCACAAGUUCUAAUUAAUGGAGCCUGCCGUUAUGUAUGGCGAUCAGGAAUCGAUUUUCAUUUAGCUGAGCCUCGAGGCACAAUCCAAGUUCCCGAUAACUGCCCGCCUCCACAAGUUCUAAUUAAUGGAGCCUGCCGUUAUGUAUGGCGAUCAGGAAUCGAGUCUCAUUUAGCUGAGCCUCGAGGAGGGACAAUCCAAGUUCCCGAUAACUGCCCGCCUCCACAAGUUCUAAUUAAUGGAGCCUGCCGUUAUGUAUGGCGAUCAGGAAUCGAUUUUCAUUUAGCUGAGCCUCGAGGCACAAUCCAAGUUCCCGAUAACUGCCCGCCUCCACAAGUUCUAAUUAAUGGAGCCUGCCGUUAUGUAUGGCGAUCAGGAAUCGAGUCUCAUUUAGCUGAGCCUCGAGGAGGGACAAUCCAAGUUCCCGAUAACUGCCCGCCUCCACAAGUUCUAAUUAAUGGAGCCUGCCGUUAUGUAUGGCGAUCAGGAAUCGAUUUUCAUUUAGCUGAGCCUCGAGGCACAAUCCAAGUUCCCGAUAACUGCCCGCCUCCACAAGUUCUAAUUAAUGGAGCCUGCCGUUAUGUAUGGCGAUCAGGAAUCGAGUCUCAUUUAGCUGAGCCUCGAGGAGGGACAAUCCAAGUUCCCGAUAACUGCCCGCCUCCACAAGUUCUAAUUAAUGGAGCCUGCCGUUAUGUAUGGCGAUCAGGAAUCGAUUUGGCUGAAAGUUUACCUAGUAAUGUGAUUACUGUACCAGACAACUGCCCUCCGGGACAAGAACUUGUGAAUGGAGUAUGUCGUGAUAUCUGGAGGAUAUUAUUACUAACCGAAGGUGUGCCUAGCAAUGUGAUUUCUGUACCAGACAACUGCCCUCCAGGACAAAAACUUGUGAAUGGAGUAUGUCGUAAUAUCUGGAGAUCUAAUAUUUUGAAACAAUCCCAAAGGCGCCAAAUUGAUGGAAUUAUCUUGUCGGAAAUAAACUUUGAAGUGGGCAAUAAAAACAUAAUAAGCGUCCCAUCGCAAUGUCCUUCUGGAUACCGACCGGACGCCAACGGAAUAUGCCGCCCAAUCCUAGAUUGAAUCCAUUGAGCUAUUAUUAUUGAACCACACUAAUCAUAUACCUACCGACCGUACAGCACUUGGAAAAGUAUAUUCAGCGUGUAAAACUCAAUAAUUAAAAGAUAUGUAAAUAAAAUAUAAAUUUGAAUUUGAAAAUAUAAAUAUUUAACAUAAAAUAUGUAACAUAUUAUAUGAUUCGGCUAUUGUAUUAUAUUAUUCAUUUCAAGAUACAAAUAUUUGAAUUAUAUUAAUAAAUAUAUACAGUAAGUACAAAAAUAAUCGAUAGCAUGCUUGUAGCCUGUGAUUUAAUAAAAUAUUUGAUCCGG